AUGGAAACUGCAUCUGUUGAAAUCAAUCUAUUGAUGAUACGAUUCCAUUGUCCCCUAAAAGGCAACAUCCUGGGACAAGCUUUCACGUGGAUUAGACAGUGUUUUAACGUGUCAUCUACUACCAGCAUCCCGAUUGAUGUCAUCAACCAAGACUCGUUUCCCAGUAACCAUUGUGAUAGUUUGACUACCCAAGGACCAGAUACGACAUCUCGUCUUUCUCAAAGAACAACAGUCGUUACAAGAACAUCAGGUUCACCGGGGACAGAUGUCACCUUGAGGGAGUCAACCGGAACCUCAACCCUGUCCACAAGAGAUGGAACGCGAACAGUCACGAACAUUCCUACAACAGAGAGGACACAAGAUGUCACAAAUGUUCCUACAACAGAGGGGACACAAGCUGUCACAAACAUUCCUACAACAGACGGAACACAAGCUGUCACAAAUGUUCCUACAACAGAGGGAACACAAGCUGUCACAAAUGUUCCUACAAGACAGGGAACACAAGAUGUCACAAACAUUCCUACAAGAGAGGGAACACAAGAUGUCACAAAUGUUAAAACAACAGAGGGAACACAAGGUGUCACGACUACAACAAUCGGGGCGCAAACAACCACGACUUUGACUACAACAGUCGGAGGACAAUGGGGACAGACCAGCAUUGCUACAGUGCUAUCAACUGAAAGCAAAAUUCCAGGUAAGGAAAGCCCCAGCUUCCUGUGUGUCUGCAAUUUUAAACAGCCCUCAUCCAUCAGCAUCAAAGAACAGUUGGAUGCCAGGCAGGAGGAGAUCAAGAAGCUGUCCUUGAACAAGAGCAGCCUGUCGUCAUGGAGACGGAAGAGAGAAAGUGCGAAGGACAACCGCGUCUCUGCUCAAACUGCAGGCCUCAUCGGAGUUGUCUGCCUCGCGGCCGUCGCUUUCUUGAUCGUCCUCUUUGAUAUUGGAUCAUUGUGGAUCAAGAUUUCUGACAAAACUUUUUCAAUAACCUCCAAAUAAAUUUUGGUUUGCUCCGGCAUGCUAGAGAUACCUGUGGACAUGUGGACAUGUGACCAGACUAACUGGGAAGUUAAAUAUAAUCAAGCCUCUUUAUUGUAUGACAAGUUAAUAAAAAUAUUAGGUUUACAUUGACACCAAUUCUGAGUCUGCAAUGAGUAAACUUCUAAUUAUCUUAAGCUGUCAAAGUUUUGCAUGCCCUGCCCCACGAAGACUGAUUCUGUCUCGUUUAGAGAAAGAAAGAAUCUUGGCAAACUUACAAACCUUGUUUUCACACCACCUGUUAAGUUAUGUAUUACUCACUCAUUUCAUCUACGAAUAUCAUAAUUUUUUCUGACUUUUCAUUGACAAGUUCUAUAUAUUUUCCCCUACAUUUCCAUCAAAAUUCUUUUCGCAACUGGUACUUGAAAAUAUUAUAUCAAGAGCCACUUAAUGAGAGUCUUUAGGUACAAGAAAACGAGUUAAUUAGCUCUAAUUCCAUUCUGUUUGCAUGUUUACACAUUCCCAGCAUGACGAAAACAGUUCUUGAGAUGUAGAUAUUUAUCAAUAAAAUGUUUAAUAGAUGUAAAUGCUGAAAGAGUGUGAAAAUGCAUCACGGAAGACCAUCUUGUGGACUGUUAUGGCCGAUGCUGAUGGCCAAUCAUAACUGCUGAACAGAACCCUCCCAUCGUUUGUUUGUUGGCUGUUGUUAUCUGCUGUGGAACAGUCGUGCCUUGCCUCUGUUUGCACAAACAGAUCGACAGGAGUGCUGGUGUGCCUUUCUAGUUCUCGGUCCAUUUUUCUCACAUUAGCUCCACAAGGGCUCUGUUUGCCGGGAGACCAGAUUCCUCGCUUCCUGUUCAACUUCCACGCUGGGUUAUGUUUGUCAUUAGUGUUCGGAUAACAACUUCAGUCACCUUUUAUAUCAAGUUCGUUGAUCAAGAAUAAACACUUACUCUAUGUCCAAUCUGGCACUGCAUUUAAGUGAGUGUCCAUCAGGGACGGGAGGUCCCUUUCUUAAAAAAAUGUAGUGGCGGAGCAGUUCACGUAAAAAUUCAAUUCUUUUCAUUUCUGUUUCUCCAUUCAUUGACAGAACAAGCAGAUUGCAGUUCUUUUUUCAUUAAAAAUUUUUUGCAACAGUAUUUUGCUGAAGGAGACGCAUUGGAAUCCUUGUAAUGGUUCACACAGUCAACUUGGAAAGGGGGAAGAGUUACUCGAAUCAUCACAUUUACCGGUACACGGUUUUAAUAUACUCACGACCGUAGUUUCACACUCAAAAUGGUGAUCAGCAGGCAGGCCUGGAUUCAGCAUCCAGCUCAACAGCCUGAAGUGUUUGUUAUCUGAAACUUCGACCUCUUGUACACCUCAAGUGAACUUGUCUGUUCACAUGAAGCAGCUUAUGUCAUUCUGCGCAUGCGCGUGAGCCUUUGACAUUUUGACAUUAUUUCCUCACACAUCUCCUUCCCUCCCUCCCCCCACCAGACAAGACAAUUAGAGGCCGUCUGUUACACAUAUGUACGCUUCUUCCAAAGCCAAAGGAAUCUGCAGAUUUCACGAAACUGUCAAUCCUGUUUGUUUCCUGAUUCUUCUUUUUGUCUGUUAUUUUUUUUUUCAUUUUUUUUGUCUGCAUAAUUGUUUAUCCUUUCAUUCUUCAGUUCAGUCUGUCCAUGUCUCGUUUUCAUGUUUGUAAAAUGCCUAUAAUUGUACAUACACGGUCAUUGUCUCUCGAAAAGACAAAGUAUCUACUAUGAACAGAUACUGAUUGCUAAAUCCUGCACAUAAUCAUGAAGACGUAAAAAAAAAAAAAAAAAAAAAUCCACACACACUCUCCAUUUACAACCGUUCAAUUCGAUUAUUGCAACUUAGAUACAAAAUAACUGAAUAUUUCAAUGCGCGCCUCAGAAUGAAAGAAGAUGUAAUGACAAAACAAUGGCUGUCCUAUAUGCAACUUAUCAUUUAUAUAUAAAUAUCGACAAGCCUUUCUUUUUUCAAAAUUAUUGUAAGUUAUUUAGUAAUGAUGCACAUUCUUCUGUGAAAUGCAACUGUAAUGUAUUUUAUAUGACAUACAUGCAAUGUACAUUUGAAUAUUUGUAUUGAUGUUAUACAUGGUACAAUAAAUGUAAAAUAAAUAUAAGCAGAUACUGUCUCGCGUUUGCGAUAGUUUUCACUAGUUUCAAGCCGUCGUAAUUACUUGAAAGAAAGAAAAUAUUUAAACUUACAGGACAAACACUGAAAGUAAAGUCUGACAAAAAAAAAAAAAAAAAAAAAAAAAAAAA